AUGUACUUUUCAAUUGCACUAAACUUAUCAUCAUGCUUACUUCUUCAAAUUAAAACUUAUGAUAAACUUAUACUCGAUCUUCUGCUAAUUGACACAGCAUCAACGCUAUUAAGAUCAUCAGUUUAUUCAAUAUUUCUUAUUUGUGCAGAUUCUUUCUUUUUAUUCAAAUGCAAUCCAGAUCAAUCUACUUUAAUUUUAAUAAUAAUUACAUUUAUUUCAGCUCUAACUUUUAAUUUAGCUACAGAUAAGUACUACACAAAGAUAUUUUCAAUAUAUCCAUUAAUUUUUAUCUCAUUUCUAGCGAAUUGCUUUGAAUAUAGAAUCGAAUCCAGCUACUUCCUGAUAGGAGCCAUAUUUUCGCUUCCAAGAAGAGGGUUUCCAUGUAAACCUCAAAAAUUAACUUUUGAAAACUGGAAAUCAAUCAUAUAUAUCAUAAUACAAUUCGUUCUUAACUUUUACACACUCUAUUACAGCAUGACUCAUCACGCUUUGACGCUUAUGGCUGAUGCUUUGUCAUCAUUAGCGAAUAACAUUGCAUUUGUAGGUGCAAUAGUAUCAGACGUUGCCACAAGAAUGAACAAUACAAAGACAUUUUCAUUUGGAUUCGUUUCCUGCAAGCCAGUUACUGAUCUUUCUGCAGCAAUUUUGCAAUCAAUAGUUUUAUUCCGAAUUUUCAUCGAUACGAUCAAUGCAUUCAUCGAAGAAGAUGAAAUAACAGGCAAUGACAAUGAUCCCAUGCUAUUAGUUCUUUCCAUUCUCGGUCUUGUUGUCACUGCUUUGGGUGUUUUUUUCGUUGGAGGAAAUGAUGAUGAUAAAAACAACGAAAAAGAACAAAAAUCCAAAUGCUCAUUCGACAGCGAGACACUUAUGGUCCUAUGCGAUCUCUUCGGCUCAAUAGCAGUCGUGACUUCCUCUUUCUUGAUCUCAGUUUUCAAUAUGAAAUUUAUCGAUCCUUAUGUGUCACUUUUUAAUGCGGUUAUGGUCUCAAUUGUUACGUACCCUUCGAUCAAAGAUGCAGCUACGAUUCUUUGUUUGAAAUCACCUUUUUCACCUGAUUACGCGAAAUUUUCUCAGGAAACAAAUUUAGAAAUAUCUGGGAUGCAUUAUCCAAUUUCUGACAAAGAUAACGUUAUGGAAGUUAAGGUAAUUGGCAAAUCAACACCUAGGAUUAUCAAGGCUAUCAAGAAAUUCGCUAAACUGCAUAAAGUUCGAUAUCUGACUAUUGAACGUAUUCAAUAG